AUGAGUGUCGCCGAAUAUGAAAUCCAGUUCACAAAGUUAUCCCGCUUUGCACCUGAGUUGAUAGCCACCGAACAGAGGCGUGUUCGGAGGUUUGUGCAGGGUUUGAAUGUGGAACUACAGGAAAGUUUAGCCGCCGUGAGGAUAGAUACUUUCGCAGAUGCUGUCGAAAGAGCUCAGAGAGUUGAAGUAGCUAGAGCUCAAGUGAAAUCUUUUCAGGCUAAAAAAAGAUUUAACCCCAGCAGUAGUCGAGAGCCGACGUAUGGAAAUACUCCACCGGCUAAAGUGGGCCGAGGUACAGGCGGAGUGACUAGUCCCGGAGCACCGCGAGGUGCAUUAGCAAGGGGAACCGGGGCAAGGAAUGCAGGGGGAAGAAACAAUGGAACUAGAGGGGGACCGAUUGGAAGAGCACAACCUAGGAAUACCUCACAAGGAGGCCGAGCCAUAAUUCCCCAAACGACUUGUGCAUAUUGUAAGAAACUUGGUCAUAAUAUGGAUAGCUGUUGGAAAAGGCAAGGAAAGUGCCUGAAAUGCGGAAGUAGCGAGCACCAAAUUUCUGGGUGUCCAAAAAUGCAGGAAGGGACUACUUCGAAUGCUAGACCAAACACCUCUGGAGGGAGCCGGCCGACAGUUCCUGCCAGAGUGUAUGCUAUAGGUGACCAACCUGUACCUGAUUCCUCGGAAGUGGUGGAAGGUACACUUCCAAUUUUUCAUCGAUUAGCUAAAGUGUUAAUUGACCCUGGUGCAACCCAUUCAUUCGUUAAUCCAUCCUUUAUGUCUGGAAUAGAUGUGCAACCUGUUAAAUUACCUUUCGAUCUUGAAGUUAGAACACCCAUGGGUAAUAAGAAUGUAAUCACUAGUCUGGCUUAUAAGAAUUGUGAAUUCUGGAUUGGAGAGCGUAAAAUGCUAGUGGAUUUGAUCAGUCUGGAUAUACAGGGUUACGAUGUUAUAAUAGGAAUGGAUUUUCUAGGCCAUCAUCAUGCUAAACUUGACUGCCGAGCGAAAGUGGUGGAAUUUUGUAUACCUGGUGAAGCAACCCUGAGGUUAGAUGUCAAGGGUAGGUUAGCAUCAUCUGCUAUGAUCUCAGGAAUUCGAGCAAGGAAAAUGUUGUCUAAAGGAGCGCAAGGUUUUCUAGCCUUUUUGAUAAACGCUCCCAGUGAUCAAUUGAAGUUGGAGGAUGUACCAGUAGUACGGGAAUUUCCGGAUGUUUUUCCCGAAGAGCUAAGGACUCUACCGCCGGAAAGAGAAGUGGAAUUUAAGAUUGACUUGAUGCCUGGAACGGCUCCAAUUUCUAAGACCCCAUAUCGAAUGGCUCCUGCCGAGCUAAAAGAAUUGAAAAUUCAAUUACAGGACCUGUUGGAGAAGGGUUUUGUGAAGGAGAGUGAUUCCCCAUAG